AGCUUUCCACUAACCAAAGCUGUCUCCUCUCAGAGACCUCCUUGAUACGCAACAACGUCCUCAAAAGACAAAGAAAUUUAAUCAUUUAACAUAAACCCUUCUCUCUCUUACAACCCCAAAGUAACAUCUUGAAUCGAGACCUCUGUUCCCUCAGAGCCAGUUUCACAUGGUGGUGUGCAUAAAACAGUGACACCCACUAAACCCCAAGAGCUUUGUUUUUAUUGUUUUGAUUAUGAGAGAGUGAGAGAAAACAGAGACCAAUAUGGAGGGAGCAGAGCUGGAGCUGGAGAGGCGGAGCAGGUUCUUGAGUAGUUUGAUUCAGAAGAAGAAAGCUGUGGAGCAGCAAGAUCACCAUGACAUGCUUAAUGUGAGAGUCAGGGCGUCUGAUAUGCCUGUCGCUUUGCAGAACCGCGCGUUUAGGUGUGCUAGAGAUCAUCUUGACUCCAUGCCUGGGAGGCUGGAUAGUAAAAGGCUCGCUCUGGCUCUUAAGAAGGAUUUUGAUUCAUCAUAUGGCCCAGCUUGGCAUUGCAUUGUCGGAACUAGCUUUGGUUCUUAUGUCACACAUUCCACUGGGGGAUUCUUAUAUUUUUCAAUCGACAAGGUUUACGUCCUUUUAUUCAAAACAGCUGUUGAGCCUUUGGACCAUUGAUAGCCCCAACAAAUCGGUGUUCUAUGCUUGUCCGUGUGAUGCAUUGUAAUUUGCCACUGUCAAUUCCUUAUGUAAAACUACAGAUGAAAUUAACUGUAAACAUCCUUGUUCCCUCCUGUAGUUGCUUCACGCUGCUACAUUCACGAACAAGUGAGUGAUCGAUGAUUUGGUCUGAGAAGUGGCAAUAAGUUCUAUUCCUUUUUGAGUUGUUGCUACAAUACUCGUGCUCUAGUUGAU